AGUUUUUCGUACUCCGUGUUAGCGUGUGGUUCGUUCGUCGUGUGUUAUAACGUUUCAGCGUGACGGACGUUUCGUUUGCAUACAAUCGUUCGGAGGAUACGCUGCAUGCGCGUGCGAUAUCCAUACACCGUCGGUGGCAAAUUACAAAACGGACGUAUACGAAAUGCGAAGUGUCGUUUAGUGUUGAAAUAGAAAAUGUAAAUAAAAAAUAUAAAAAAAGGAUUAAAAACAAAAAAGGAUAUACCAAACGGUAGACUCGCCAAAAGGCGCAACGAAGACACUGAAACUUUUUUAUUUCAAGCGAUCUACGAAAUAUCUACUUUAAUUACUUGCUGUUGUUGUUUUAUUAUAAUUUUGUUGUUUUUUGCCUUUGACUGUUGGGCGUCACGCAGCUUUUCCGCGCGAUCUGUGUACAUUUCACUAUUCUUCUUGCUGCUGCACUGCUGUUUACGCUCUGCAACAGCAGCAAUCUGUGACGUCUAGCGCUGAUUUGUUGGCAUUGUUAUUGUCGAAAUUGCUAAACGUUUUCUGCGCUGCAAUUAAUUAAAUGUAUCUUAACGUAUGUAUGCCUCAAGUGUGUGGCGCGAAUCGAAUAAAUUUGCGGGAAUAAAGGAAUGUUGGCUGCUUUUGUUUUAUAUUCGGCAGCUACAGCGACAAUUGCUCUACUUUUUUUGUGUAAUUUACUACUUGUUGGCAUUGGAAAACACGUGCUGUGACUAAUAGCUGAAAAUAUCUAAAUCGGCAGAAUCACGUUGCUGGUGCAAAAAAGUGUGAAUUAAACCUGGCAAAUACAAGUGGCAAAGCAAAUACUCAAUAUAUGGACUGUUCGUUAAAAAAUUUUACAAAACAAAACUGGAAAAAGUGCAAUUUUGUUUCGGAACUACGCGCGAUAGCGAAAUCUGAAAAUCGGAAAUAGUAAAAAGAAACUUUAACGGAUUAAAUUCAUAUGAGAAAAAGCAAAGGUUUUCUAACAACGCUAGCAAUGUGUCGCUUUCUCCAAUAACUUGUGUAAAAAGUAUUAGUUAUCAAAUUAUAUAAAAAAGUCUGAUUAAAGGAGGUGUAUUUGAAAAUAAAAACAACAACAAAAUGCUUCAACAUACCGCCACGGAUUUCUACGACUUGGCUGCCGCCAAUGCUGCCGUAUUGAGUGCGCGUCAAACGCCACCAUACAGUCCGACGGGCUUGAUCAGCGCAGGAGCGGUUCUUAGCAAUAACAAUAACAACAAUACAAGCAAUAAUAAUUUAGACAUGUUGGGACACAAUGGCAGCAUUAUCGGACCUGCCGGCGGUGGUGGUGGCGCUGGUCAUAUCGGCAAUACGAACGGUGGCAGCAAUGGACGUGAAACGUUGCCCAGUUUUGGCUUCACGCAAGAGCAAGUGGCUUGCGUGUGUGAGGUACUGCAACAAGCUGGCAACAUCGAAAGACUGGGCCGCUUCCUUUGGUCCUUACCGCAAUGUGAUAAACUGCAAUUGAACGAGUCUGUGCUGAAAGCGAAGGCCGUUGUUGCAUUCCAUCGUGGACAGUAUAAGGAGUUAUAUCGUCUGCUCGAGCAUCAUCAAUUCUCACCACAUAAUCAUGCCAAAUUGCAGGCGCUAUGGUUGAAAGCGCAUUAUGUGGAAGCCGAAAAACUGCGCGGAAGACCUUUAGGUGCUGUUGGUAAAUAUCGCGUACGUCGCAAAUUUCCACUGCCACGCACAAUUUGGGAUGGCGAAGAGACGAGUUACUGCUUCAAGGAGAAAUCUCGCUCUGUAUUAAGAGACUGGUAUGCACACAAUCCAUAUCCUUCCCCGCGUGAGAAACGUGAAUUAGCAGAGGCUACAGGACUGACAACCACACAGGUUUCAAAUUGGUUUAAAAAUCGCAGACAACGGGAUCGCGCUGCCGAACACAAAGACGGCGCGUCGGACAAACAACAUUUGGAUUCAUCCAGUGAUUCCGAGAUGGAGGGUUCUUUACUGCAACAAACGCAUAAUGUAGCUAAUAACAAUCAUCACCACCAACAACAGCAAGUGCAUCAGCACCAAUCGCCACAUCAUCAACAACACCCCAGCGCGCACACGCAAUCACAGCAACAGCAAGCACAACAGUUAUCACCAACUACGACACACAACAAUCACCAUCAUCAUCAUCAUCACCAUCAUCAUGCCGCUGCCGCUGCUGCAGCUGCGGCCGCCGUAGCCGCACAAUUACCACAAACACAUCAUGCCAGCGCAGCGGCUAGCAUGGAACAGGCACAUCACCAACACCCGCACAGCUUGAAUGCCACACAAUUGGUAGGACUCUCACCCACCUCGGGCGGCAAUGGUGGUUCGGGUGGCGCCAGCAGCGGUCUCACCACAGCAGCCGUUGCAGCCGCCGCCGCUGCUGCCGCUGCCUCGUCGAAUAGUAAAAAUGGCAAUAAUGCUGCUGCUGCUGCAGCGGCGGCGGCGGCGGCAGCUGGACAAAUGGCGCCACUAUCGGUCGCCUAUCCACACCUGCACAGCGUCAUGGGUUCGAUACCCAUCUACGAUAUGAGUGAAUAUCAGCAUUUAUGAUUUUAGUUGGAAACAUCAGCAGAGUGGAUGGCCAAUGCAGCAGCAGCAGCCGCUACGGCGACGUCGACUGUGGGCACUGAGCAUACAGCAAUGGCCAAUGAGGCGGGUAUGACGGCGGCAGAAACAGCAGUGGCGGCCAUGCGGCAAGAAUUGCAACAAUCGACGAAUUUCUACUAUUAAAUGAAAUGAUGCGAGUUUGUACUUAGAACGAACCAGUGAAUCGAAAAACCUUAAAUAACGCAAAUAGAGCAGUUGUUAGCAUGAGGCUUUGAAGGGAAUGAGUGAUAUUUGUACGGCUGCUAUGAAAUUGAAAUUUUCGCUAAAAGCAGCACACCCUGUACUGAACUGCGUUGGAGUAGUUAGACAUUAUUUAGAUAAAAAAGGUUAGGUCUUCAUUGUGGGGGUUUAAUUAUGUUUAUCAUUUAAAACCGCUUAAAUAGUAUUUUUCUGACUUUAAUACUAUAUUGUUUUCAACACAACAGCUGUUUGAUUAUCGAAAUUCAUUAACACAAUAGUUGGAAACAGUAGAACAUUUUUUAAAACCAAUAUUUCACUGUUAUUUCUGGUGGUUAUUUAAGGAUUUUAUUUUUAACAAAAUAAAAAUUCAAUUUUUGAGUAAUUAUAAGCAAAGCUAUCAAGAAUGUAAACAAAUAUCAGAUGUCCUGUCAUUUAAAUAAGGAAAAGAAAGAAACUGACGUCAAAGUCGCACUAAAAUCAGCAGUGCAUUUUAUCAACCCACAACUAUAAACUUGCCCCAUAAUGGAACACAGAAAGAAAAUAAUGUUGCAUGCAAUUUUUUAGCAAUACCUAUUACAACAAAUAGUAGUAACACAAUAUAUUAUGUUAUUGUAUAGCAAACAUAGACGCAAAUUAAAAUUAAAAUAUAUCGAUAUUAUGUAAAUUGUAAAAAAUCGCCGUAAUUAUAAACGAAAAGAGCGUCUAAUUAGAGCAAAUAAGAAAGGAAUUAUUUAAAGUAUUUAAAUAAUUGUAAUAUUACAUUAUAUUAUUAUUGUAAAUAGUGGCAAUUUAAAUUAAAUCAAUCAAUAAAAUCAAA